CCUACCCCUCUUUCAUGUUUAUCGCAAUGAUUAAAACGCAUUUUCCGCGCGCUUUAUUUCGCGAAUGCGAUCUUUGAUGAACAAACUAACUAAAGUUAGAGUUCCCGUAACGUGCCUGUCCUACGACACGCGAUCAAGAUUGUGAAUUAAAUAUUAAAGAGUAUCGCAUUCACUUUCAAGAUAUAAAUCAAUCCAAGUCAAAAAUCGAUAUUUAAGUUUAAUCUUCAUUUUAUGUUGUUUUGGCAUUUUAUGGCACAAGUGAGAUAGUGUGUUGUGGUUGUUGGCUUAUACUUCUCAAUUUCAACAUUGUCUCUUAAUUAUUUGUGGGGUUUCAAGGUUAAAACUAAGAAAUUAGGCAUCAGAUUGAAAUUGAUAAUAUUGAUAGUAGCAUAUUGUAGAUAAAUAAUAAAUCAUGGAAUAUCAGCGCAAAAGCAGACACGACGAAACGUCCAUAGAUGUGCCUAUGUAUUCAAGAUUAUUUAUUGUUACUGAUAAGAGAGCGACAGAAACGCAAUUCAGAGAGGCAUUCAAUAAAUUUGGGCACAUUGAAGAUGUUCAUAUACCUCGAGAUCACAAUACUGGAGAAUCAAAAGGAUUGGUGUAUAUUAAGUUUUCAAAAGCAUCUGAAGCUGCAGCAGCUUUAGAAGAAAUGAAUUUCAAAAACCUUCCUAACUGUACCCGUCCACUGAAAGUAUUGGUUGCUGCUAACCGCUCUGAUAUUCAAACAAAGGAUAAUGAUGAGAAAUAUAAAAGAAUUUUUAUAAAUAUUCCAAAGGUGAUGACUGAAGCUCAGAUCAAAGAAGAAUUUUCCAAAUUUGGUUAUGUACAAUCUAUCCUUAUACAAAGAGACAGGGAGAGCGGACAACCGAGAGGUUUUGCAUAUGUGUCGUUUAAUUCCUUCUUGCAAGCAGCAAGAGCUAUUGAAGAGUGUGAUCCAAGCUAUCGGGCAAUUUUUGCAACACCAAAAGUGCAAAAACGCGAUAGACAAGAAAGUUCCUUUGAAUACAAAAUGAAUUCACUCGCAAAUACAUCUACAAAUUAUCAUUCAUCUGUAAUGUCAGCCAUGAAUGUACAAUCUGAUGGGUCUACUUGUAUAAAUUUUAUGUGUGCUCCCUUCCUGACAAAGUUUAAUCUUGAGAGGUUGUUUGAUAUUGUUCCUGGGAUGGUUGAUUUCCAGUACUUUGUAGAUUUGAUGGGUGAUUGUGGUAAAGGUACAGUCACUUACUCUAAUCCAAUGUCAGCUGCUCAUGCUGUUCAAAAAUUGAACAAAUUUGAGUAUCCGCCAGGUGUUAAAAUGUUUGUUCGUCGUGACAAUUCAAGGUUUGAAGCACAUGAGCAAACCUUCAGGAAUAUUCCUAAUGUGGUUAGAGACUUAAAAAAGGCAAUCACAUCUACUGCCAACUCCGCUGCCCCUGAUUUGGCUCAGCUUGCUGAAGCUAUUGCAGAAGCUUCUAAAUUGAUCAAAAUGGCUACCAAAGGUGCUUCUGACUUGAAUAUUCCUGAUGGUGACAAUCUCAAUUAUUGCAGUGUUAAGCUCCCUCCCCAAAAACCCUUGGCAGAUAUUGAUAGUCCACUAGCAAAAAGAUGUUUCUUGGUUUGCAAGCCGCAGCCACCUCCAUUGACAGUGUUGCGAGAUGUUUUCUGUCGUUUUGGAGAUCUAAUCAAUGUUUACACACUUCCAAAUAAAACUGUGGGAUAUGCUCGGUAUGCUUCAGCACAGGCUGCAGAUGAGGCUAUAAAGACAUUACAUGGAGCUGAAAUCUGUGGUAUUCGUAUGAAAGUUUUGGAAGCUGAGGAUGAAGCUCCUCCUAAGAGAAGUAGAUAUAAUUAGAAAAAAAUAUUUGGUCCAACAUUACCCCCUAGUUGAAACAUACUGACAACAUGGUGCAUAGAACUAUACAAAUUCUGAACAGAGUGUAGACAGGACUUAACAGACAAUACCAGAUGAAACAGUAAAAAUGUGUGAAGCAAAAGACUUACUUGUUAGACAAAGAUAUUAUUAAUCCCAGGACUAGACUACAUAUUAUAUUUCAGAACAUAACAAAGAAUAAAACUACUGAAGGGCCCUAAAACCAAGACCAACCCGAGAAAGAACACUACAGACACAGACUGAUUCUAACAGAUGGGAUUUUUAAUAUUGAGUAAAAUUACACCACAGAAUGGUUCAUCCUUAACAAUGACAGACAGACAAAAAUUUCUUUAGUCCCAAUAGUAAAUGUUAUAUGAACUGGACUUCGACGGACUACUGUAAACUACUAAAAUACGAAAGUAUGUUCUCUUAUUUAAUUUUAAUUGUAUAUAUUGCUUUAUUCAAAAGGACAUAUCUGUCACAAUAAAGAUGUUUCUUCACCCAUGACGUUGUUCUUGCUAGACUAGAUCCAACUAAACUUCUCCAAUAUGUACCUAAGUCUUUGAACAUAAAAUUAUAUUGUCAUUCUUUAAUGUCACCUGUCUUUAAAAACAAUCCUAAAGACAAGAAAAAUAGUGGUCCUCCUUCAAUACAAUGCAACCGACACUACAUGACGACCUGAGAUAAUAACAGACAAAAGUUUUCCUAAAUAAAACUAUCAGAGAUUAAGUAUAACAAGUAAGUUUUUCGAAAUCAAAUUUAUUGCACACACAGCCUUUUUUCUUAUUGAUAAAUUAAUUGACAAUAUUGUAAAAUGGAAACGUAUUGACUUUUAACAUAUGUUACUGCAUCAGGUGAUUCAAAAAUGUAUAAAAUAGAAAUAUUUAUCUUAAAAUGGAAAUAAGGCUUCACAAUAUUGGUGUAUUCACUUGGUGUAGGUACUUAUCACUUAAGAUUACUUAAUGAAAUCUUUAUAAAUAUUAAGACGAUUCUAUCAUUGCUUGUGAGAGCAAUGGCAUUAACUGUUCCUUAUAUAAGGAAUGGUUCACACCGUGCGUGAUCCUUAAUAUCUUUUCUGAACAUUUGAGCUGCUCCAAAGCUUUCUUCGCAUCCAUCUUGUAUAACAAUAUUUUUCCAUACUUCAUAUAUAAUAGUCCUAAAAGAGGAUGCCUA